AGGAAAUGCUCGACCUUUCCACCAAUCAGUGGGAAGCCGGUUCGUGAGGUUUGGGGCGUGGUUGUAAUUUGUUCUGGAAGCCGAGGAACGCAUGCGCAGUGUGGCGUCGUGCCGGGCAAGGACACAGCUAGGAAAAAAUCAAGAGAAGCAAAACGUAGAGGGAGAGAAAGAUUAAGGAAGAAAAUCAUCUUGUUCUUUGCCUGUGAUUUUUGUGUGAUGUCAGCUCGUUAACUUGACCAAUCAGUGAUUGGGGUUACCCCUCCCCCCUGAGCUGAAUGGCUGUGUCCAGAGGGGGCGUUGCUUUUUGGGUGAGGUGUGGGAGGAGCCAUGGCUACCAGCAUCCAAUCAAGCGACAGUGUUGGAGUCUCACUCAGGCACUGGAUUUACAGCACAGCGACCUUUCUCGACCAAUAAGCAUCUUUUCCCGAGCUCUAGCCCCGCCCAGCCACCCGCAUCAUCAGACCGUUGGCCAAUCCCCUGUGGGCUCUUCGCCGCUGCUCCCCGCUCAUCACACGGGGCAUCAGGUCCGAACGGGCAGCUUGGAGGAGGACUGGGAAGAGACCGUCAGCCUGUGCGUGCUGUCGGAACCCGGGGAGCAUGGGGGGCAGAGCGCCCUGGUGGAAGUACACUUGCUCGGGCAGACCCGGUUAGGCGAGCUCCUGGCUUCUGGCCUCGGCAGGCCGGGAGAAUUCCUCUUCCCGCUAACCACCGUCGACGGACGUCGGGAGGACGACAUCAGCGUUAGCGGAGGGGGAGAGGGCGGGGGAGGCGAAAGACGGAGAGAUGGACAGAUCAGGGAGAGGGAGAUGGGGUCAUUUCGGAGCCUGUUCGAGGCGGAACGUUGUCCCGCCCCCUUCGUGUGGGGGUCCCAGUUCUACUGCUUCCACUGCCCAGAGACGGAGCCCUCGCCUGGGGCUGGGCUCAAAUCGAGCCUGUGGACUGGGCCGGGCCUGCAGGCUGGAGGCCCACUGCGGUGGCCCCCCACGUCUCACUGCAGCCACGCGGAAAGCGAGGGAGGAGACUGGGAGGAGAGAGAGAGGGAGCGAGAGAGGGAGGAGAAACUGGCGCUGAUGCACGAAAGGCUGAGGAUUGAGGUGAGAGAGGGCGAGCGAGACAGAACAAGAGAGUGCGAGAGAAAUCUCCAGCUGUUGAAUGAGGUGUGGCCUUGUACUACACCACUACUACAGCAUUACCAUACACUCAGACCAGGUACUACAGUAUUACUACACACUCAGACCAGUUACUACAGCAUCACUACACCAUUACUACACACACAGACCAGGUACUACACUGUUACUCCAGCAUUACUACACACUCAGACCAGGUACUACACUGUUACUGCUUCAUUACUACACACUCAGACCAGGGGGCGAGGUGUGUACCAGCUGACCUUGACCAUGUGGAAGCUGCUGUGCGCCUGCUACUUCACGGACGUGCGGCUGGAAGUGCUGAAGCUCACCAAGCACAGCGAGGAUGGGACGGUGCGCGCUCGCUGGCGGCUACGCGGAUUACCCUUUCACCUGCUGCUGCUGCGCUUCUACAGGAGGGACAAGAGCCAGCUCUACAGGACGUACGAUGCCUUCUCCACCUUCUACCUGGGGCCGGACGGGCUCGUUCACCGGCACAGGGUGGAAAAGGUGAUGGAAGCCAUGCCCCCUGUCCUGCCCCGUGUGACAUCACUGCUGGCAGGAGCGCUGGUUGCCCUGGGGAUCCAGGAGCACAGACCUGCCCUAAAUUUCCCCUUCAUCCUUUCGUCUUUCAGAGUGGGAAGGCAAUGAGAGAGAGAGAGAUGGGGAGAGAGAAUGUUAGCGUGAGAGGGAGAGAGAUCUUAAGAGAUGAGGCCUGUAUGAAAAGCUUGGAUGAAAAUGUACAGAUUGACUUUAACCCCAAUGUCUCGAGAUAGUUUUUUUCCCCUGUAUUCACAGUAAAUGUAAAAAAAAAAAGCAAAAGCAUUUCAACUGUAGGCCACAGCGUGGCGCCUGCGUUUCCUCAGUGACGCUCUUCCACUCCCCCUGGUGGUCAAGCAGGGUGGUGUCCUGUGUACAAUUAUGCUGAAUAUCUGGUCCUUCCACUGUUGAGUUUCUUAUCGGAAAAGCAUCAGGGGUAAAACAGUGAAAGCUGGGGGAAAAACGGCUCAUAAACGUGUAAAUAUUCACACAUGCGUGCACAGAGCGACUCUGAGAUGCUCCCGGUUUCCUCCACAGACUCUCUGACUGUUGUACUAUAAUGAACUCUGUUGUACAAACUGACCACCACUAUUCUCCACCGCGCUCAGGUCGUCUCCAGCACUGUGCUUCACUCUAACAGUCCGCUCUGUAGGUUAGCGUGCUAAGCUACAUCGCAAUACGCCAUGCUACACCAUGUUUGAUUUUUUGUCGUUCUGAACGGGCGUUGAAAGCAAAACUUUAGCGAGCUUAGAAAAAAAUGAAGCAGCUUAACUAUGUGGGUAGAACAUCCGACCAUCACAUAGGUGUUUACAUUUCGAGGGGGUGUGGGGAUCCCCAAUAAUUUCUGACCCUGCCCGUCUCUUCCCCUCAAGGUUGGACAGCCGCUUAAUCGCCUUUGUAGGUGCGUUCUGUCCCUGGAGCCCGCCCAUUUUCUGAAGCGCGCAAUUCUGAUUGGCGAAGCAGUGGCACUAAACCGCCAGCCUUCUGCACCAUUGGCCCAGCUUCACAGACUCCGCCCCCAGGCCCCUCUAACCAGCCACGAGUGUGCUGUGCUGCUUAGGAAGCGCGCGGUAAUUCUGAUGUAAAUAUAGUGUAAUUACAGAUAUAUUUAUAUUUAGGCUGCAGCACGCGUGUCGUAUAGCUGCCGGGGACGAGGAGGAGCAGAGGGUGGCGGCCUCCGAAACGCGGCAUUUUGAUUGGCCCUGAGCUCGUCCAAGGGCGGGGUUAGAGUGUUGACCUUUAACUGCUGUUCUGUCACUGAUUAUCUGAACUCUCCCCCCACCCAUCAAAUUCAUGAUGCUUUACUACAUGCAGCGUCAGGUUAAGUCCUGUACGGAAUUUACGCUCCUUGUUGAUUUUGUGUGACUACACGGGACAAACACGCUCAGGAUUGAUUGGCAGGAAAUGCCAGGGAUGAUGGGAUUGAUUGGCAGGAAACGCCAUGGCUAAUGGGACUGAUUGGCAAGGAAUGCAAGGGAUGAUGGGAUUGAUUGGGCGGAAACGCCAGGGCUAAUGGGACUGAUUGGCAGGGAAUGCAAGGGAUGAUGGGAUUGAUUGGCAGGGAAUGCAAGGGAUGAUGGGAUUGAUUGGCAGGAAACGCCAGGGCUGUUGGGAUUGAUUGGGCAGAAACGCCAGGCUGAUGGGAUUGAUUGGCAGGGAAUGCAAGGGAUGAUGGGAUUGAUUGGCAGGAAACGCCAGGGCUGUUGGGAUUGAUUGGCAGGGAAUGCAAGGGAUGAUGGGAUUGAUUGGCAGGAAACGCCAGGGCUGAUGGGAUUGAUUGGCAGGAAACGCCAGGGAUGAUGGGAUUGGCUGCUUUCUGUUCCCGCUUUUUCCCCCUUCAGUGUAAAUGGUUCUGUAACAUUUCAGUGAUCUGCUCUUUUUUGUGAGAACAAUAAAGCAUGACAUGUAACUCCA